AUGGAAUCUACCAUACGUAAUUUAAAAUUAUCUGGUCAUGUUGGAUUUGAUAGUCUUCCGGAUCAAUUGGUGAAUAAAUCAGUUCAGAAUGGAUUUGUCUUUAAUAUCCUCUGUAUCGGUGAAACUGGUCUUGGAAAAUCUACCCUUAUGGAUUCUCUUUUUAACACAAGUUUUGAAUCUACUCCAAGUUCACACAAUCUUCCUGCUGUAAAACUUAAAGCCCAUACAUACGAAUUGCAAGAGAGCAAUGUUAGAUUGAAACUUACUAUUGUUGAUACAGUUGGAUAUGGUGAUCAAAUUAACAAAGAAGACAGUUUUAAAGCUGUUGUUGAUUAUAUAGAUGCUCAAUUUGAAGCAUAUUUACAAGAAGAAUUAAAGAUAAAACGAUCUUUGGCAACUUAUCAUGAUAGUCGUAUUCAUGUUUGCUUAUAUUUCAUUUGUCCAACUGGACAUGGUUUAAAAUCAAUUGAUCUAGUCUGUAUGAAGAAACUUGACACAAAAGUUAAUAUUAUACCAAUUAUUGCUAAAGCUGAUACAAUAUCAAAAACAGAAUUACAAAAGUUUAAGACAAAAAUUAUAUCUGAAUUACAAAAUAAUGGUGUUCAUAUUUAUCAAUUUCCUACUGACGACGAAAGCGUCGCAGAAGUAAAUACUAGUAUGAAUGCUCAUGUACCUUUUGCAGUAGUUGGUAGCACAGAUUUUGUUCGGGUUGGAAAUAAAAUGAUGCGUUCUCGUCAAUAUCCAUGGGGCACGGUACAAGUGGAAAAUGAAUCCCAUUGUGACUUCGUUAAGUUGCGCGAAAUGUUGAUAAGGACAAAUAUGGAAGAUAUGAGAGAAAAAACGCAUUGCCGUCAUUACGAAUUAUAUCGUAGAAAGCGAUUAGAACAGAUGGGUUUUAGCGAUGUUGAUAGUGAAAAUAAACCAGUUAGUUUUCAACAAACCUGUGAAGCAAAAAGAUCCAUCCAUUUGCAAGAACUUCAACAAAAAGAAGAUGAAAUGCGGCAGAUGUUCGUGGCCCGAGUAAAAGAAAAAGAAGCUGAAUUAAAAGAAGCGGAAAAAGAGCUUCAUAAUAAAUUCGAUAAACUGAAAAAAGAUCAUACAGAGGAAAAGAAAAAGCUGGAAGAAAGUAGAAAGAAACUCGAGGAUGAUAUUUUAGAAUUCAAUAGGCGAAAAACUCAAUUCGCUCAACAACCCCAGCAUCACACGUUAACACUAGGCUAGCGGGCUGAGACGGAUUCCGGCGGAGGACUGCGAUACUUGGCGCGAAUGGGAAGAAAGUUGGUGUGCUUGUUGCCGUGAGGAGAAGGCGGCGUGCUCGCGUUGAGAGUCCUCACCUGACAAGGGUCGUGCCUCGCCAAGAAAUGUUCCAAGGUGUCCCAGCCCCCGCCUACUCUGACCAUCAUGUGUCUCCCCUUCAAAAGCUGCCAACAAGUCGGAUAUUUGUUAUUAGUAAUUAGAGAC